AGAAACUGUUGUUGACUGGACUACAUCAGAUCCACUGUGCUACGGGGUAAAGCGCAGAAGCUAUUUUCGUCAUCAGAAAAUCGACCUGAUUUUCCGGAGCUGCAGUGCAGUGAACAUCCCUCAAUGGACACUUCCCGGUCCUUAAAAAACCAUUCAUAACAAAAGGGCUCUUGAAACAUGCAAGGGGGUUAAUAUUUACUUGUUUUUGUUUAAUUUGUGAUGUAAAGUUGUCUUUUAAGUUCGGGUAAAAAGUGUGCUAUUAAGAAGUCGUAUCAAACUAACUACUAUCCUAAAGAAGAAACUAUUAGAUUUCCAAAAUGACUGACAACAGAUCGCAAUCUUUUAUUGACCUCGACUCGAGGAGAUUCUGCUGUAAAAGCUGACUGACAAAAUGAGACUGAAAAAACGAAGAAAAGCUCAAGUGAGUGGAUGGAGGGUGAUGCGAAGAUGUGUUAUAUUUUUUACUGCGAUAUGUAUAAUUCCUGUAUUGUUGGUGCUGAUGGUGGCUACCGAUCGUUACCUGCAACCAGUUAGACGUCAUACGACGUUUGUAGAACAGCAGUUACAUGAAGAGGGAAAACUUUCAGUAGAGCCCCUUUUAAAUCAAAAUAUGUCGCUUAUAGCAAAACGAAUAAAUAGAAGGAGACAACACAUGAAGAAAAUGUGUAAACUUUUAGGAUUAGAUCGACCAGGAAACGAUUCGCUACACAGGCCUAAUGCCUGGGAAUUUUUAGUAGACAAUAAACACCAUCUUAUUUGGUGUAAUAUAUUUAAGGCUGCAAGCACAUCUUGGAUGUACAAUUUUAAUAUUCUGGCUGGAUAUAGCCCGAGAUUUUUAAAAAAGAGUAAGUUAGUGCCUAUGACACUGGCCAGGCAGCGGUAUCCUAGGCCAUCCCUUCGAGAUCUUCAAAAGGCUUUCGAUACAUCCAUUUCUUUUCUAAUAGCGCGUCACCCGUUAGAGAGACUGCUCUCUGCUUACAGAGACAAGCUUCAAUUCGCACUACCACACACCCAUCAUAAGAAGCUUGGCAAUGAGAUUAUUCUGAAAUACAGAUACAAGAAGAACAAGAAACCUGUUGGAUUAGCCAAUCAACGCACCCCAACUUUUUCGGAAUUUGUCGAAUACCUUGUCGACUCGGUAAAAAAAGGAGAACAGCUCGAUAUGCACUGGGCACCAAUAGUCGAAUUUUGCACACCUUGUAUGUUCAACUUUCGAGUAAUAGCACAUACAGAAACACUCCAGGAGGACCAAAUGUAUCUGAUCAAACUGGCGAAGCUCGAACGUAUUAUACAACCAGAGUGGAAAAAUGCUGGACGAGGCGCGACUCAGAGUCAAAUUGGAAAAUAUUAUUCCGAGUUGACGAGGUCACAAAUUUUUCAACUGUACCAUAUUUAUAGGUAUGACUUCGAACUGUUCAAUUACACAUUACAUGGAUAUCUGGAAUAUGGAAAGCCAGAUAAUGAUCCUUCCUCUUUACUGGAUGCUAUAAAUAUGAAAGAAUUUCUACCAAAUGAUUUACCAAAAGUAUAUUGAGAAGAUGAUUAAAUUGAGAAGAAAGCAAUUAAAGAAAGAUUCUAAAUAUCCGUCUUCACGACUUUUAUCAAAUUUAUUAAAAUUGUGAUAUUGUUUAUAGGUUGCAAUGCCUUUUUAGAUUAAAUAUGGAAAUUUUAACCUACUG